CCCAUAUCGCCAUGUCUCAACAGGUCUGCCGGCACUAUCUUUCUGGCAACUGUCGCUUUGGCUCCAACUGCCGCUUCGCGCACCCACCACGCGACUCGCGGGGCGGAUUCAGCGGAGCCAGCAGCUUCUCAACCACAAACAUGCAACCGCUGGGAUCACGCUCCCAGACAACCAAGUACCAGUUUAACGAGGACACCAUCCGUCUCGAGCUCGGCCCCGAGCGCCCACAAUGGCCCGCCUCCGUCUUUGGCGCGGCAAAAUACGAGCCGAACGUACUUGGCACCGACGUCUCGGCCGAGGAGUUGCGGUGGAAGAGCGUGCAGGCGCUGAAGGCUGGCAACGCGCAGGCGUACAUUGAAGAGGAAGCGCAAGUGUUCAAUAACGCCAAGAAUACCCUCGACAAUGCUCUGCGCAAUCUGAGCCAGGUUACGAGGGCUGCGGAGCGGCUACACGACGUGCGCUUCAAGGACGGGGCACUGGGCGGUCCUCGGCCCGCAGACUUUUCAGAAGCUGCCGUGUUGAGCGGAACCAACACCACCGCGGGGAGCGGAGGAUUUGGGCAUAGUGCGUUUGGCAGUGGAGCAAGCGGCGCGGCUAGUGGCAGUGCCUUUGGCGCAACGGCCGGACCCAGCGCGUUUGGCAGCUCAAGCUUUGGACAGAAGCCCUCAGGAGCGUUUGGGACUUCUUCUUCUCCCGUGAAGAGCGCGUUUGGGACUUCAGCAUUUGGCUCUGGAUCUGGAUCUGGAUCUGGAUCUGGAUCCGGGGGAUUUGGGACCACGCCCGGUACAGGGAGCGCGUUCGGGCAGAGCGCGUUUGGCCAGAAGCCCGGGGGCUCUACAUUUGGCCAAACUGCAUUUGGGAGCGGGUCAUCCAGCGGCGCGUUUGGCAAUGCCGCGCCUCAGACCCAGACGACGUCCGCAUUUGGGUCAAGUUCUACGCCACAGGCCGGGUCAGCCUUCGGGCAGAGCGCAUUCGGGCAGAAGCCCGGCGGCAGCGCAUUUGGAUCCAGCGCGUUUGGGCAGUCCUCUCAGACGCAAGGGGGAUUCGGCUCUUCGACCACGACUCCCGCGCCCGGCGCCGGCUUCGGGCAAAGCGCAUUUGGCAAGUCUACGACGGCGCCCGCAGCCGGGACAGGAUUCGGACAGAGCGCGUUUGGGGCCUCGACGACGCAGGGCUCCGCCUUCGGACAGAGCGCGUUCGGCAAGCCCGCGACGGGGGCAUUCGGCGCGCCGACCAGCGCCUUUGGCAGCAACACAACUACAAACAAUAACACAACGACGACGUCCAGUGCGUUUGGCAGCAGCACCGCGACUAGUGCUUUCGGGAGCGCGGCUCCCACGAGCGCGUUUGGGAGCGCGAACGCUGCCCCGGCAGCAGGCGGGUUUGGGCAGUCAGCAUUUGGCAAGCCCGCGUCUGGGUUCGGCCAGUCCGCCUUUGGCCAGAGUUCGACCCCGCAGGGUUUUGGGCAGCCCUCGCAGCCCUCGCAGACGCAGCCCCAGUCCGCCUUCGGGUCUGCUGCGCCGACGUCUGCUUUCGGGCAGGCGUCGCAGCCCUCCGCGUUUGGCCAGAGCGCAUUCAGCAAGCCUUCUACAUCAGCAUUCGGCACCGCCGCGACGGCAUCGACCCCGGCGCCCAGCGCAUUCGGCUCGACGCCCCCUGCACCUGCCCAGAGUGCAUUUGGUUCGACGUCCUCCGCGCCAGCCGCGAGUGCAUUCGGCUCCACGCCACCUGCACCUACGAGUGCAUUUGGUUCGUCUGCACCCACAAGCGCAUUUGGGUCUACCUCGGCUGCCGCCACAAGCGCUUUCGGCUCGACUCCUGCGGGUGCGUUCGGCUCAACCCCGGCCGCCGGCACCAGUGCCUUCGGGUCGGCGAGUGCGUUUGGGCAGGCCAAGCCGGCGACGUCCGCAUUUGGCUCCUCCGCCCCUGCCAGCGCUUUCGGGCAGCAAAACGGGACCGCGAUCGGCAAGCCCCCCGCGGGAUCUGCCUUCGGCGGGGCUGGCAAGCCCGCCGCCAGUGGAGCACAAGGCGGCUGGAGCUGGGACGACCCGUGGUCCGCCUUCCUGCCUGGUGGCCCGGAGGCGGAGGGGCUGGACCCGGCGGUCGAGGCGGCGUUCAAGGCCGCGUCGUUCGAGAUGGACGCGAUUCCGCUGCUCCCGCCGCCUGUGGCGCUGCGGGGCUAGCGAGUGGGGGAACCGAGCGGUCAGUGAGCGGAGGGGUAUGAGGGUGUGAAGGGUAUGAGGGAGGGGUAUAGGGAUAUGUAGCAUAUGCAUGCAAUCCUACCA